AUGAAAAAGCAGGUGGUGAGGUCAUUUUCAAGAGAACUGAAUGGAACAAAUGCCAUCAAGCGGGGUAUCAGUCAUAAGGGAGGAUAUCUUAUAGGAAUUUCAUCUUCUGCUUUUAAGAAAAAGGAGGACGGUCAGAGUGUUUUUUCUAUAUUUGCUGUUUUUCAAGUGCCCCUUGAAAUCAUCAAUAUGUCCAAGCAGCAUACCCUGGGAGAACGUGCCCUGAACUCCUUCAUCAUCAGCACACUAAGCAUUUCUCAACAGUUCUGGGUGUUUGCCAGGGUUUGGAUACCUGAUCCCGAGGAAGUUUGGAAGUCAGCAGAGUUGCUCAAAGAUUAUAAGCCAGGGGAUAAAGUCCUCCUGCUUCACCUUGAGGAAGGAAAGGAUUUGGAGUAUCAUCUAGAUCCAAAGACCAAGGAACUGCCUCACUUAAGAAACCCUGACAUACUCGUGGGUGAAAAUGACCUCACGGCCCUCAGCUAUCUUCAUGAGCCUGCUGUGCUCCACAAUCUCAGAGUUCGCUUUAUUGAUUCCAAACUUAUUUAUACAUAUUGUGGUAUAGUCCUAGUAGCUAUAAAUCCUUAUGAACAGCUGCCUAUUUAUGGAGAAGAUAUUAUUAAUGCAUACAGUGGUCAGAACAUGGGUGAUAUGGACCCACAUAUCUUUGCAGUGGCUGAAGAAGCUUACAAGCAAAUGGCCAGAGAUGAACGAAAUCAAUCCAUCAUUGUAAGUGGAGAGUCUGGGGCAGGAAAAACAGUCUCAGCUAAGUAUGCCAUGCGAUACUUUGCAACUGUAAGUGGUUCUGCCAGUGAAGCCAAUGUUGAGGAAAAGGUCUUGGCCUCCAACCCCAUCAUGGAGUCAAUUGGAAAUGCUAAGACAACCAGGAAUGAUAAUAGCAGCCGUUUUGGGAAGUAUAUUGAGAUUGGUUUUGAUAAGAGAUAUCGAAUCAUUGGUGCCAAUAUGAGAACUUACCUUUUAGAGAAAUCUCGAGUGGUGUUCCAGGCAGAAGAAGAGAGAAACUAUCAUAUCUUCUAUCAGCUUUGUGCCUCAGCAAAGUUACCUGAAUUUAAAAUGCUGCGAUUAGGAAAUGCGAAUAACUUUCAUUACACGAAGCAAGGUGGCAGUCCUGUGAUUGAAGGAGUCGAUGAUGCCAAGGAGAUGGCACAUACCAGGCAGGCCUGCACUUUGUUAGGAAUUAGUGAAUCUUAUCAGAUGGGAAUUUUCCGGAUACUUGCUGGCAUCCUUCACUUAGGCAAUGUUGGAUUUACGUCUAGAGAUUCAGACAGCUGCACAAUACCUCCUAAGCAUGAACCUCUCAGCAUCUUCUGUGACCUCAUGGGCGUGGACUAUGAGGAGAUGUGUCACUGGCUCUGCCAUAGGAAGCUGGCUACUGCCGCAGAGACAUACAUCAAGCCCAUCUCUAAGCUGCAGGCCACAAAUGCCCGUGAUGCUUUGGCCAAGCACAUCUAUGCCAAGCUCUUUAACUGGAUUGUAGAUCAUGUCAAUCAGGCUCUCCAUUCUGCUGUCAAACAGCACUCUUUUAUUGGUGUGCUGGACAUUUAUGGAUUUGAAACAUUCGAGAUAAAUAGUUUUGAACAGUUUUGCAUAAAUUAUGCAAAUGAAAAACUACAGCAACAAUUCAAUAUGCACGUCUUCAAAUUAGAACAAGAGGAAUAUAUGAAGGAACAAAUUCCAUGGACUCUCAUAGAUUUUUAUGAUAAUCAACCUUGCAUUAAUCUUAUAGAAUCAAAACUGGGCAUUCUGGAUUUGCUGGAUGAGGAAUGCAAAAUGCCUAAAGGUACAGAUGACACUUGGGCCCAAAAAUUGUACAACACACAUUUGAACAAAUGUGCACUAUUUGAAAAGCCCCGUCUAUCAAACAAAGCUUUCAUCAUCCAACAUUUUGCUGACAAAGUGGAGUACCAGUGUGAAGGCUUUCUGGAAAAGAAUAAAGACACUGUUUUUGAAGAACAAAUUAAAGUUCUUAAAUCAAGCAAGUUUAAGAUGCUACCAGAAUUAUUUCAAGAUGAUGAGAAGGCCAUCAGUCCAACCUCAGCCACCUCUUCAGGGCGCACACCCCUCACCCGCAUGCCUUCGAAGGCCACAAAAGGCCGACCAGGCCAGGCAGCCAAAGAGCACAAGAAAACUGUGGGGCACCAGUUCCGAAACUCCCUUCACCUGCUUAUGGAGACCCUCAAUGCCACUACCCCUCACUACGUGCGCUGUAUUAAGCCUAAUGACUUCAAGUUCCCAUUCACGUUUGAUGAGAAGAGGGCGGUGCAGCAACUGAGAGCCUGCGGUGUCCUGGAAACCAUUCGCAUCAGCGCAGCAGGUUUCCCCUCACGGUGGACUUACCAAGAAUUUUUCAGCCGCUACCGUGUCCUAAUGAAGCAAAAGGAUGUGCUGAGUGACAGAAAGCAAACGUGCAAGAAUGUAUUAGAGAAACUGAUACUGGACAAGGACAAAUACCAGUUUGGUAAAACAAAGAUCUUUUUUCGUGCUGGCCAAGUGGCCUACCUAGAAAAGCUGAGGGCAGACAAGCUGAGGGCGGCCUGCAUCCGGAUUCAGAAGACAAUCCGCGGGUGGCUGCUGCGGAAGAAGUACCUGCGCAUGCGGACAGCGGCCAUCACCGUGCAGAGAUACGUGCGAGGAUACCAGGCCCGAUGCUAUGCUAAGUUCCUGCGCAGAACCCAGGCAGCAACCGUCCUUCAGAAGUACUGGCGUAUGUUCAUAGUCCGAAGGAGGUACAAGGUUAAACGAGCUGCCACUGUUGCUCUUCAGUCUUAUUUGCGAGGCUACUUGGCCAGAAAUAGGUAUCACAAGAUACUUCGUGAGCACAAAGCAGUCAUCAUUCAGAAGUGGGUCCGGGGCUGGCUGGCCCGCACCUACUAUAAGAGGAGUAUGCAUGCCAUCAUCUACCUCCAGUGCUGCUUCCGGCGGAUGAUGGCCAAGCGCGAGCUGAAGAAGCUCAAGAUUGAGGCCCGCUCCGUGGAACGCUAUAAGAAACUCCACAUCGGCAUGGAAAACAAGAUCAUGCAGCUGCAGCGCAAGGUUGAUGAGCAGAACAAAGACUACAAAUGCCUCAUGGAGAAGCUGACCAAUCUGGAAGGAAUAUACAACUCUGAGACUGAGAAACUACGAAAUGACUUAGAACGUCUUCAACUAAGUGAGGAGGAAGCUAAGAUUGCCACUGGACGGGUCCUUAGUCUACAGGAAGAAAUUGCCAAGCUCCGGAAAGACCUGGAACAAACUCGAUCAGACAAAAAAUCCAUUGAGGAACGUGCUGAUAGAUACAAACAAGAAACUGAGCAGCUGGUAUCAAAUCUGAAAGAAGAAAAUACUUUGCUGAAGCAGGAAAAAGAGGCUCUCAAUCACCGUAUCGUGGAGCAGGCCAAAGAGAUGACAGAGACUAUGGAAAAGAAGUUAGUAGAAGAAACAAAACAACUAGAACUCGAUCUUAAUGAUGAAAGAUUGAGAUAUCAGAACCUUCUGAAUGAGUUCAGUCGCUUAGAAGAACGAUAUGAUGACCUCAAGGAAGAGAUGACUCUGAUGGUGAAUGUGCCUAAGCCUGGACACAAGAGAACAGACUCCACCCACAGCAGCAACGAGUCUGAAUACACCUUUAGCUCUGAAAUUGCAGACACUGAAGACAUUCCAUUGAGGACAGAGGAGCCAAGCGAGAAGAAGGUGCCUCUGGAUAUGUCAUUGUUCCUCAAGCUCCAGAAGCGGGUCACAGAGCUGGAGCAGGAGAAGCAGGUGAUGCAAGAUGAACUGGACCGCAAAGAAGAGCAGGUGCUCCGUAGCAAAGCAAAGGAGGAAGAACGACCGCAAAUUAGAGGUGCAGAACUGGAAUAUGAGUCACUCAAGCGUCAAGAACUAGAAUCAGAAAACAAAAAACUGAAAAAUGAGUUAAAUGAGUUACGCAAGGCCCUUAGUGAAAAAAGUGCCCCAGAGGUGACUGCUCCAGGUGCGCCAGCCUACUGUGUCCUCAUGGAGCAGCUGACGUCUGUGAGUGAGGAGCUCGAUGUCCGCAAAGAGGAAGUGCUCAUCUUGAGGUCUCAGCUGGUGAGCCAGAAGGAGGCCAUCCAACCCAAGGAUGACAAGAAUACAAUGACAGAUUCCACAAUACUUUUAGAAGAUGUACAAAAAAUGAAAGAUAAAGGCGAAAUAGCACAAGCAUACAUUGGUUUGAAGGAAACAAACAGAUCAUCUGCUAUGGAUUACCAUGAGUUGAAUGAGGAUGGAGAGCUGUGGCUGGUUUACGAAGGGUUAAAACAAGCCAACAGGCUCCUGGAAUCCCAGCUCCAGUCCCAGAAAAGGAACCAUGAGAAUGAGGCUGAAGCCCUCCGCGGCGAGAUCCAGAGCCUGAAGGAGGAGAACAACCGGCAGCAGCAGUUGCUGGCCCAGAACCUGCAGCUGCCCCCUGAGGCCCGCAUCGAGGCCAGCCUGCAGCACGAGAUCACCCGGCUGACCAAUGAAAACUUGUAUUUUGAGGAAUUUUAUGCAGAUGACCCUAAGAAGUAUCAAUCAUAUCGGAUUUCACUUUACAAACGGAUGAUUGAUUUGAUGGAACAACUUGAAAAACAAGAUAAGACUGUCCGGAAACUGAAAAAACAACUGAAAGUCUUUGCCAAAAAAAUUGGUGAACUAGAAGUGGGCCAGAUGGAAAACAUAUCCCCAGGACAGAUCAUUGAUGAACCCAUUCGUCCAGUCAACAUUCCCAGGAAAGAAAAGGAUUUCCAAGGAAUGCUGGAAUACAAGAAGGAGGAUGAGCAGAAACUUGUUAAGAACCUGAUUCUUGAACUGAAGCCACGUGGUGUAGCAGUCAAUUUGAUUCCAGGGUUACCGGCAUAUAUACUAUUUAUGUGUGUCCGACAUGCUGACUACCUGAAUGAUGAUCAGAAAGUAAGGUCGUUGCUGACAUCAACAAUUAACAGCAUCAAAAAAGUAUUAAAGAAAAGAGGUGAUGAUUUUGAAACUGUCUCCUUCUGGCUCUCUAACACAUGCCGAUUUUUGCACUGUUUGAAGCAGUACAGUGGAGAAGAGGGCUUCAUGAAACACAACACAUCUCGCCAGAAUGAACACUGCCUCACCAAUUUUGACCUGGCUGAGUACCGGCAGGUGCUGAGCGACUUGGCCAUUCAGAUCUACCAGCAACUCGUGCGAGUGUUAGAGAACAUCCUUCAGCCAAUGAUCGUCUCCGGCAUGCUGGAGCAUGAAACCAUUCAGGGCGUAUCCGGGGUGAAGCCCACAGGGCUAAGAAAGCGGACCUCCAGCAUUGCCGAUGAGGGCACCUACACACUGGACUCCAUCCUCCGGCAGCUCAACUCCUUCCACUCAGUCAUGUGUCAGCACGGCAUGGACCCCGAGCUGAUCAAGCAGGUGGUCAAGCAGAUGUUCUACAUUGUGGGGGCCAUCACCCUGAACAACCUCCUCCUGCGGAAGGACAUGUGCUCCUGGAGUAAAGGCAUGCAGAUCAGGUACAAUGUCAGUCAACUGGAAGAAUGGCUCCGUGACAAGAAUCUGAUGAACAGUGGGGCUAAAGAAACCCUGGAACCUCUCAUUCAGGCUGCUCAGCUUUUACAAGUGAAAAAGAAAACAGAUGAUGAUGCAGAAGCCAUUUGUUCCAUGUGCAAUGCUUUAACUACUGCCCAGAUUGUCAAAGUGUUGAAUUUGUAUACGCCAGUUAAUGAGUUUGAAGAAAGAGUCUCUGUGUCAUUUAUUCGUACUAUACAGAUGCGUUUACGAGACAGGAAGGACUCUCCUCAGCUGCUCAUGGAUGCUAAACACAUCUUUCCCGUCACCUUUCCUUUUAACCCAUCCUCCCUUGCACUAGAAACCAUCCAGAUUCCAGCCAGCCUGGGCCUGGGAUUCAUAUCCCGGGUCUGAAAAUGAUGUCAGGGCAAACAGUGACAAUACAUUUCUUGCCUGAAAUAAGAACCCAUUAUUCCCAGUGAGCUACUGAAAGCGCAUUUUUAAAGAGAAAGUAGUGGUUAUCUUCCAAACAAGAGAUUGUUAACUGAAAAUCUCCCUAGAAUACUUUCAUCACCUUGAAAAGAAAAUUAAGCUCCUUUGUGCUAUGUUAACUUUAUAGCAACAUUCACCCUUGGUCAGUUAGGUGGCUGGAGUUUAUAUGCAGGUAAAUAACAGAAAGAAGGGAAAAAAAUGUGUCUUCAGUUGCCAGUAUUUAUUUUAAAUCCUUAGCACUGCAUCUAAAUGGUAUAAAAAACAUAAAUUCCAGAUGUGAGCUGUUGUUAAGAAGGCGCCAACAGAGAACCUCCUCUGUGCUAAGCAGAAAAAGAAUCGCUAUUGGGUACAUAUCAGUUUAGGAAUCAGUUAUGUUGAUGUUGUCAAACUGGAUCAAAUAAAUAAACUGGCAAUAUAUAUAGCAGUUGGUCAAGUAAUUUCCUUAUAUGUGUCAUUAUGGUGUAGAGAUAUUAAGAGAAUGCUGGUUUGCUGUAUAGCAUAGAAGUCCAUUUGUACUGUAGUUUCCUGAGCAUUUUAAAUUGCUGCUACACACCGUGUUCUUUAAAAUGUAAGCGAUACUCUCGUUAGGCACUACAACAGUGAGCUUCUCCUUUAUCAACUCUGUUUACAAUUCAAUGAGAUCACAGUUUUAACUGGAUUAUGUGCAAAUAUGUACAGAUUCACCUGGGCAAGUAGCAGACACUGGGAAAUCAUGUAGUAAUAUGAUAAAAUGUUUGACAUUUAGGGGUAGGAUUAGACAGAAUGGCUAUUGUUGAUGUCAUUAUUUAUUCAGGAUGUAUUAUUAAUGUGCUCAUUAAUUUUCCCUGGGUACAGUGUUCUGUGAAGUGACUUAUUUUUAGUCCCCAGAUCUCAUUCCUACAGUGCAUAUAUUCAACCAUGACAGGUUUUUUUCUUCUUCUUAAUUUAUUAAAAAUUAAUCUCAGUCACUAUCUAGAGAGCAUUCUCAGAAUAUUCAUGAUUCAGGUCUUGAAACCUUGAUUAUCCUAUAAAUUAUGCAAAAGAAGGUAUAUAAUAAAUACUUAAUUAUGAUUCCAUUUUUUUUAGGCUUACAACUUGUAUAAAUGUUCUCAGUACCACUAGAUACUUUAAAGAGCAUCGUAGUAGAAAUACUUUGACUUAAAUAAGAAAUAUAAGAUUGCUGAAUUUUACAGAGGAUUUGGCUCAAUAUGACCCAGAUUCUACGCUUUCAUUUUGAAAUUCUAAUUAAACAUAGUCUCUUUUUUUUUCCCUAGAAAUUUUAUACAAUUUAUCUUUCAGGUUGUGCAAAAACAAAUUCUUAGCUUUCAUUAGAAAUUUUUGUUCUACAUUACAAUCAUAGGUUUAUAUAAUUUAACUCUUAGGUGGUUUAUAAAAAAUGACAUUUCAUAAAAAUAUGUGCAAUAUUAUUAAUGGAAGUCAAACAGUUUCAAAUCAGUGAUGAAGAUUGUUAUUAAAAGAUAAAUACUGUCUGUUAACGUA